AUGUUUGUGUACGUUGUGCUUUCUGUGUUGGACUAACCGGUUUUAUGGUUUUAUCAUUCUAAUCAUUCUUAAAAGAGCAUUCAAAGUUCAUUCAAAUUCGAAAGAUAUUAUACUUUUGAUAUUCGCUUUAUCUCGGAUUUGACCAUAAGUAAUUGCAGUGGUAAGCCGCCCUAGUAAAGAUAAGAGCAUCAGCCGAACGACGAGCGCAUAAUCAGCAGAACCUGUUUGCACUCAUGUGAGUAUCAUCUGCCAAGUUGGAAGUUUUGUUGCUUCCCUCCCCCAAGUAAGUAAACAAACUCGAUCUUCACCAACUACCUCGGUUUGGAGGAUUACCCUCUCGCGGGAAGUCACUCAAGUGUUCCAGCAUCAUUACGUGUCAGAGCAGUGGAUCGAUUAGUCACUUCGAAGUGUAUUGAACAGAAACAUAAUGGGAGCAGUUGGAAAAAUGCGGGCGCUAAUCUUGGUCGGCGGAUACGGAACACGACUGCGGCCGCUCACCCUGAGCACACCAAAACCGCUGGUUGAAUUUGCAAAUAAGCCCAUUUUACUGCAUCAGAUUGAGGCUCUUGUUGAGGCUGGAGUUAAUCAGGUAAUCUUAGCGGUAUCCUACCGUGCGGAACAGAUGGAAACCGAGCUGAGGCAAAAAGUGGAAAAGUUGGGGGUGAAACUAAUUUUUUCACAUGAAACGGAACCCUUGGGUACAGCUGGUCCACUGGCGCUUGCCAAAGAAAUCCUGUCGGAAAGUUCUGAACCAUUCUUUGUACUAAACUCGGAUGUUAUUUGUGACUUUCCGUUUAAAGAGCUGGAACAGUUCCAUCGACGUCACGGCAAAGAAGGUACUAUCGUCGUAACCAAAGUAGAAGAGCCGUCCAAGUACGGUGUUGUGUUAUACGCCGAAGACGGUUGCAUUAAAAAUUUCAUCGAAAAGCCUCAGGAAUUCGUUAGCAAUAAGAUUAACGCAGGAAUAUACAUUUUGAACCCAUCAGUGCUUUCGAGGAUACAACUGAAACCGACCUCGAUCGAAAAGGAAGUUUUUCCUAUCAUGGCCCGCGAACAGCAGCUAUUCGCGUAUGAGCUGAACGGCUUCUGGAUGGACAUCGGCCAACCAAGGGAUUUCCUGACCGGAAUGUGUCUGUACCUGAAUUCCGUACGCCAGCGGCAACCGGAAACACUGUACAAUGGUCCCGCAAAGUAUGUUGGCAAUGUGCUGGUUGACCCAAGUGCCAAAAUCGGAGCAGACUGUCGAAUAGGACCGAACGUGACCAUCGGUCCGGAUGUAGUGAUCGAGGACGGAGUAUGCAUAAAGCGAUGUACAAUUCUGCGUGGUGCCGUGAUCAAAUCGCACUCGUGGCUGGAAAGUUGUAUCAUCGGAUGGCACUGUAUGGUGGGCCGGUGGGUACGGCUAGAAGGUACUACCGUCCUCGGGGAGGAUGUUAUUGUGCAAGAUGAAAUCUACAUCAACGGUGGACAGGUAUUGCCUCAUAAGAGUAUAGCGAUAAGCGUUCCCGAACCGCAAAUUAUCAUGUAGUGGAACGCUACGGCCUGUGUAAAUUUUUUUAUUUCUAUUAUGUUUUGAACUGAUCCGUUCUGCGGGCCAGGUCAUUGAUGACCAGUCAACUUAGGCGAAGGUACAGCCUUUGGUGGGAUAACAAGAAUCCUGCCGCAUUUACAAGUUAGUGUUUGUUCGAGUAAAAACAUUCAGGCGUUUUAAAAAUAUUUUUAAAUUAGUUAUAUUUUCUCCGAAUCCAAUAUAUCUGCAUUCCAGACCA